AAAAUUGGCAAUGAUUUUUUCAAUAUUUUUAAUCUUAGAGAAUGAAAAGGAGGGGUAAUUAUUGAAGAGAGCAAUUAUUUGAGAGAGGGUAAUUAUUCGAGCACUUACUGUAUGUUUAAUAUUUUAAGGAAGGAGAGGAGGAACGGGGGGGGGGGGAGGAUGCGAAAUUCAAUUUUAUUUAUUUUUAAAAUAAAAAUUAACUUUUAAAUGUUAAAAACAGAAAAAAAAAAGUUUGAUUUUUUCAAAGGUGGACAUCCCUUCAUUAUUCGUCUUUAUUGUACAUUCCAAGACAAUGACCGCCUUUAUUUUGCUCUAGCCUAUGCAAAACACGGAGAAUUAUUAGAUUGGUUAAGACGUUUAGGCUCUUUUGACGAAGAGGCAACUCUAUUUUACGCUUCAGAAAUUCUCUGUGCUCUAGAAUUUUUGCAUAAAUGCAAAAUUAUUCACAGAGAUUUAAAACCCGAAAAUAUUUUGGUUGGGAAAGAUUGGCAUAUUAUGCUGUCUGAUUUUGGAACUUCCAAAAUAAUUAAUAAUUCUGAACAGACAAAUAAAGGUAUUUAA